CUCCACCGUGUAAAAUAAAUUACUGGUCAGACACAGAAUCCAUACACACCUUUGCUUACUACCACAAUUCUACUAUCAUCUUGCAACUGUUUCUUACAAAGAUGGUGAGAACCCCAUCUUCUGACAACAGUGGACUGAGGAAGGGUGCUUGGUCUCCCGACGAAGAUACAAAAUUAGUUGCCUAUAUUACUAGAUAUGGUCACUGGAAUUGGAGCCAACUUCCCAGGUUUGCAGGUCUGGCAAGAAGUGGGAAAAGUUGUAGAUUGAGAUGGAUGAAUUAUCUGAGGCCUAACGUCAAAAGAGGGAACUUCACUCCACAACAAGAAGAAUGCAUCAUCAGAAUACACGCAGAACGUGGUAACAAAUGGUCUGCUAUUGCGGCUGAGUUACCAGGAAGAACAGAUUUGGAAGUAAAAAACCAUUGGCACACCACCCUCAGGAAAAGGUCUCAAGAAGAAGCACUCGCGAUAGAAGAAACUAGAGCUUCCAAAUCAUCAAAGAAUAAGGAAUCCAUGGACUUGGUUCCCAACUGUAAUGGUGCUGCUGUUCCUUUUUCUGCUACUUCCCAGAUUACAAAUAGUUCAUCACCCUUAUUCUCAUUCUCGUCACUGUCAUCCUCCAGCAAGGAGUUUUCCUCAGGGCCAUGUUUCCCUUGAUUAAGGUGAAUAAGCAUUUGUUAGUCAUAAACUGAUUAGAGGACAAACAACGUCAUUAUUUUUUAUCAUGGACUCAUAAACUUUAGAACUUGUUUAACUUUUUUAAUUGAGGUUGUUUCAGAUUAUAUAUAAUUGCUUGUGGACUUUGAAAUCUCCCUUAAAUUGAAUGAUCAAUCAAAGCUUGAAAUAGUAUUGUAAUUCUAGGUGAAGGAAGUGAAAAGAAAAGAUGGCGAAGACAGUAUGUAAACAUGGUGACUUAAUUAGAAAAAUAUGUUAAAACGUAAGAAACACUCGUAUAUCUCAACCAGGAAAGACAACCAUCUACAUCCAAAUUUGAAUUUCUAUCUUUAACUUCAUGUGAAUUUUCAACAAGUUCAAUGAUUAUAUAUAACUAUCUUUUCUGUGUUAAAG